CGCCCAGCCCCACCUCACAGAUGCAGUGAGAAGCCUCAGGUGAGCCAUGGCAGGCGCCGGGGAGCGCAAAGGCAAGAAGGAUGACAACGGCAUCGGCACAGCCAUCGAUUUUGUGCUCUCCAAUGCCCGGCUGGUGCUGGGGGUGGGCGGAGCAGCCAUGCUGGGCAUCGCUACACUGGCGGUGAAACGGAUGUACGAUCGGGCCAUCAGUGCCCCUACCAGCCCCACCCGCCUGAGCCAUUCCGGGAAGAGGAGCUGGGAAGAACCAAACUGGAUGGGCUCCCCCCGCUUGCUGAACAAGGACAUGAAGACAGGCCUGAGCAGGUCCCUGCAGACCCUCCCCACGGACUCCUCGGCCUUUGACACAGAUACAUUCUGCCCGCCCCGGCCCAAGCCAUUGGCCAGGAAGGGCCAGGUAGACUUGAAGAAGUCACGACUCCGCAUGUCCCUGCAGGAGAAACUACUUUCUUAUUACCGGAACCGGGCAGCCAUCCCUGCCGGUGAGCAGGCUCGGGCCAAGCAAGCUGCCGUGGACAUAUGUGCCGAGCUCCGGAGCUUCCUGCGGGCCAAGUUGCCUGACAUGCCACUUCGGGACAUGUACCUGAGUGGCAGCCUCUAUGAUGACCUGCAGGUGGUGACAGCCGACCACAUCCAGCUCAUUGUGCCCCUUGUGCUGGAGCAGAACCUGUGGUCGUGUAUCCCUGGCGAGGACACCAUCAUGAACGUCCCUGGCUUCUUCCUGGUUCGCCGUGAGAACCCAGAGUACUUUCCUCGUGGCAGCAGUUACUGGGACCGCUGCGUAGUAGGGGGCUAUCUUUCCCCCAAGACAGUGGCAGACACGUUCGAGAAGGUGGUGGCUGGCUCCAUCAACUGGCCGGCCAUAGGGUCCCUCUUGGACUAUGUGAUCCGACCCGCCCCACCCCCGGAGGCCCUGACCCUUGAAGUUCAGUAUGAGCGUGACAAGCAUCUCGUCAUCGACUUCUUGCCAUCAGUGACCCUUGGUGACACUGUCUUGGUGGCCAGACCACAUCGGCUGGCCCAGUAUGACAACUUGUGGCGGCUGAGCCUGCGUCCUGCUGAGACGGCACGCCUGCGGGCUUUGGACCAGGCCGACUCGGGCUGCCGAUCUCUGUGCCUCAAAAUCCUCAAGGCCAUAUGCAAGUCUACUCCGGCUCUGGGCCACCUCACUGCCAGCCAGCUCACCAACGUCAUCCUCCACUUGGCCCAGGAGGAGGAGGACUGGUCUCCAGAUAUGCUGGCCGACCGAUUCCUGCAGGCCUUGAGGGGACUUAUUAGCUAUUUAGAGGCCGGGGUCCUACCCAGUGCCCUAAACCCCAAGGUGAACUUAUUUGCAGAGCUCACCCCUGAAGAAAUAGACGAAUUGGGGUACACUCUCUAUUGCUCAUUGUCUGAGCCGGAGGUGCUGCUGCAGACGUAGGGCAGGCGAAGGCCAGCAUGGGUGCCGGGCGGUCAGGCCCUGGGUUCUCCAUCAGAAACACGUGGCUGCGUAGUUGGUGCCUCACAGGCCGCGGGCCCUCCUGUCUCGGUGGUCUUCGCCCGGGUCGCUUCAUGCUGAUUAGAAUGACCGCUCUUGCUGUCCUGUUUCCUCACCCUGCCCUUUCUAUUUUUGUUACCAAGCACUGUGCACCCCCUUCUUCCCCUCCCUCUUGCUCCAGGCUCAUUUUCCUGGAAUGAAUUGAAAAGAUGGAGCUCUGGCCUGAGCCUCGGAGACCACUUGGUGUUUUGUGCUUGGGCUCAGGUGUUCGGCUGCUGCGGCCUCGCCCCACGUUCCUUCCCAUGCCUCCUCUGUCCUCUUCUCUUGCUCACGUCUUGUUUUGUUUUCUGUGGAGCACAUCUGGAGCACAUCUGCCUAAUCAAGAUGCUGCCUUUUAGCUGAAUGUCACUGGAGGGUUUUGAUAGCAUGUUUCCCAGACGAACUCUGCGCAGUGCGUGCUCAGGCAGUUAUUAGGGUUUCUGGGGGUAAAGCUGGUGGAAGAGCUGGCCUCUGACCUGGGUUCCUGGUAAAGAAGCCCGCUCUCCCCUCCUGAGCAACUCACAUUCCUAAGUGCUGAGAGGGUCUCUGUGGGAACACUGUUCUCGAUGCACACAGGUGUGUGGGCGUAAGAUAAACUGGAUGGAGAGUUACUUGGGGACCUGCUUCUUAGUGGCAGGGAGUGAGGUUCCUGGUGGGGAGGGCCUGGGAGAGCCUGUGUGCUCCUGAACUCUCCUCUCCCUGGGCUGGAGUCAGGCAGAGGAGGGCGGGAGGGGUGGCAGGGCGUGUGCUGCUCACCCCCUGCGCUGCCUUACUGCCAAGCAGGAUGAGGCCUUCAGAGUCACAGGUAGGGGGGUGGCAGGCCUUGAACUCCAGCUGGGAAGUCCCACCACUAGUUGGGGCUCAGUGACCGUGUUUCCUCCCCUCAGGCCUUGCCUGGUUAGACCAAGAACAGGCCCCACAGCCAGCCCCACAGGUUUGCACACGGGCGCAGACCUCCUGGUCCCGCCUGCACGGGGAGUUGUGCUGCUGGGAGAAGGUGCGUGGACAGAACUACACAAGGGGAGCGGGUUUUCCUGCGUUCCUUGUUUCCCGCUGCUAAAAUUGCACUAUUUAUUGCAGUGUAAAAAGUAUCCUGAGGUGGGGAGGAGCGUUUAAUACAGUGUCUGUGCACCUUCUUGUUCUGUGGUUUUUUUCAUUUGUGGCAAGAAACUGAUAAAUCUGUUUCUGAUGAGCCCAUCCAGUAUUUUGUUCUACCAAGUCGUCUUUUUCUCCUUACUACCUCUCCGUCAGUGGGACUGUGGCGACGCACUCUGUGGCUGUCUCAUCCCUUCCCAAUGACAGUGACACAAAGUGACUCUAAAUAGCACUGAAAGCUCAUCCACCCUUUGAAUAUAGGGCAGGGUUGAGACUUCUGUCCUUGCUUUGUCACGGAUUUAGGAGGCUGAGAGCUAUAGGGUUAGCCUUGGCUAUAUUUGGAGACUCUUCCUGCUUUUCUCAUACAUGCAGGGGUUCCUUAAGGCGACUUUACUUGGUUCAUUUGUAUGAAGCUAUUGAGAGAGAAUGAAAAGUAUAAAGCUGAGAGAUUUUCCUGGCUGUUUAUCAGAAUCAAGGGGAGUUUGAGAAUCAGGAAUGCUGAUUCUCCACACUAGGGUGACUGGUGUGGAGGCCAUGGGUGGAGCCUGCAGUGAUGGUUCCAGGGCCUCAUCUGGUGUCCAUUAGAGGGAAGGCUGACUAAGUGCAGCAAAAGCGUGGGCUCCUCAUUGAGAUAGGGGAUCGUCUCCCUGUACUAUAAAACUCACAAUUUCCCAGGCAAAUGUCUCUGGCCAGAUUCCGUAUAAAACAUGGGAGGGAAAAGCUCAGAAAUCCCAAAUUAUCCAAGCCAGGUGUCAUUGUGCUUUUAGGAAGGGAAAUGAGUUUCUCUCUUAAAGAGCAUCUUUGUAAGGACAUCUGUCGCUUAACUGUUUUACAAAACCAAAACUUCCAUUUCAUAAGCAAGAAGAUCUAAGUUCUCAGAACUAGGAGCAAUGGGGAUUCUUGGCCAUGGUCUUGGGGGCUGCUGACGGAGACUGGGCAAGCCUUGUAACACGGAAGACAAAUGCUUGGAUGGAAGGAGGCAACACUGCUCCCCAUUUUUUAGUCUUUGGGAAAAUAGAGUGCUUUUCUCCACUAGCCUACCUUCCUAUUUGGUUAACUCCCCUUCACCCCCACCCCUUUUCCUUAAUAGCUUCUGCUGUGCUCAAGUCUGGAAAUUUUUUGGCACACAUCAAGGUUAGCAAACCAGUCUAAAGCUUAAAAAGUAAUCUUGAGAAUCGAAUCAAUUCCAAGACAUUUUGUUUUCCCCUGUGGCUCCUUCCUAAAAGAGUUCAGGACAACAGUAUUUUUCUUUAUUAUCUUGGUUGUGACUCUUCCCCACAUCCCUGAAUAAACAAAGCUCAUGUUUGGAAAAGCUGUGUUGAGGCCUGUGGUCCCCUUCUGGCUCGGGCCCUGGUCGUCUUCCAGUUCACACUUCAAAUUAGCUGAUUUACUCCUUUCUAUGCCACUCAAGUUGAGCGCUUCAACCACUCUGAUAAGGAAUCAGCUCCAAAAGGGUUCUAUAAGUGGGGAACGCUAUGUGUGUCUGCAGCCCCUGCCACCGUACGCCUUCCUUGAGACUAGGCGCCUGGCUGGGAAUGCUUCCUCCUACUGACGCGCAAGGCCUGCGGGAACAGACACGGGCCUGGAACUGGCCCAGCGCCGGGCUGCCAGGCUGUCGUGCUUUGGACACUGAUGCUUGUCAGUGGCCCAGGGACCGGAGGGGUUAACUACAUACAAUGUGUGGUUUAGCUGUUCAUUUUGAGCAUCUCAUCUUUACAUACAAGUCCACAACUUGCCUUCCUGUCCCUUGCCUUCUCUCGAAUAGCAGUUGGUGUGUUCAGCUGGAAUCGUCAGGUCCCGUUUUGUCUUGGCUAGGUCCAUAUAAAAGCAGCUUAGCCUUGAGACCAAGAACCACCGUCUUUCUUCUUGUGGGAGGAAAUCAAGCUAGGGGACAAGAUGCCUUUCCACAGCAUGGGAAGAAGAAAAGAACCUCCUUUCCAAUAGCUUUGACGUGUGUGGUACUGGUUCUCCACUGCAGCUAGAGAACUUGUCAAGUGCUCUGCCUUCCGUAAUAGAAGGGACGGGACAAGCUGGCACUGGAGUCACCCUUCCACCUCUGCGGUGUUGGAACUGGGGCAGAGUAACUUUCUUUAACCCUCAGACACUGCCUGGGCACCCAUCAGGAGGCACUGACAAGUGGAGACAGCGAAAGGAGGGCAUGGCCCUUGGGGCCUUAGAUGCCUUUGGAAGAUGUGUGAUUCAGGGAUUCCCACUGCCCGCCCUCAACAGCUGCGCAUCUCAGCACUCCUGAUCCCGAGGGAAGCAAAAUCACACCUGCCAGUACCUGGUUUGCUCUGCACAUACCAGUUGUUUAUGGUUGUGGGUUGUGUCUCAGUAAAUAAUAGGAGGAAGCAGGACACCGGGGUUAGAUCAGGGUCAGAAGAUCUGAGUACUGAUGACAGGUAUAGCUACCACUUACUGAGCACUCAGCAGGUGCCAGGCGCCCUGCUCAGUGCUUUACACGCUUGACAACUUCACUCCGCGGAUGGGAAAAGGGAUCAUUAGCCGCCUAUCCAGAUGAGGACACCGAGGUUAGCGAGGCUAAGUCACUUAACCAGAAUGUCCCGGCGAGUAAAUGGAAGAGCCAGGUUCUUUUGGGUUUAUCCCUAAAGUCUACCCUCUACCCCCCACCCGACUGCAUUCACCAGGCCCGUGUGACACCUCAUCCCAUGAGUCCUCAGUUUACCAUGGCCGAGAAAUCAUUGGGCUGGACUGUAGCAAGUCCACAGAUGGCCCGUUUUUCGGACAUCACAGCCCUCGCAGAAAUGAUACCUGUAUGGCCCCGACGUGAAGGCGGAAACUCACGGUUUCUGUUCCCAGGGGGCCUGA